UCGCGCCAACAGUCGGGGACGCAAGCGCCGCCCGACCCCCGACUUCCGGCAGCAGGGCGCCGGUUCCCGCAGCCGCUCCAGCACUGAGACGCCGGUGCGGGGUCCCCGCAGGCGGGACGUGGGCUGCACCCCCACAGCGAGAUGACCCACAACCUGGUGUGUCCGCAGACGGCGAGCAGGGUGAGCUCCGUGCUGAACCGCGACACCCGCCAGUUUGGGAAGAAGCACCUGUUUGACCAGCGGGAGGAGACGUGCUGGACCUCAGACCAGGGCCCCUCGCAGUGGGUGCUGCUGGAGUUUCCCCAGCGCGUGCGCCUGUCCUGCUUGCAGCUCCAGUUCCAGGGCGGCUUCUGCAGCCGCCGCGGCCGCCUGCACGGAGCCCAGGGCAGCGAGCCCCUGGCCGGCAUCGCCGAUUUCUACCCCGAGGACGGCAACUCCCUGCAGACCUUCCCGGUGCCGCCGGCUGAAGUGGACCGGCUGAGACUGACCCUAGAGGAUGCCAGCGACCUGUUCGGCCGUGUGGUCGUCUACCACCUGCGGGUGCUGGGGGAGAAGCUGGCCUGAGCCGCUGCCCCCAGGAAGCCCUCCAGGACGCCCUCCGCACAGAAGGUUUAUUGGUCGCUCGUGGGGACACCUCCACCCCCUGCUGGCUGUGGUCCCGGGUCCCAGCCCCUGCGUAGCCUGUCCCACUUCCUUCCCUGAGUUCCGAUUUGUGUGGCGGCAGUCAGUGGGGCUCCGGGCCCAGGCCGGUCUGGAAGAGCCGGAGGAUGUGGGUCUCGAUGGCCUGUUGGACUGGACACGUGGGGGGUGGUGAGCCCAAUCCCGCGGCCUCCAUAAAGUGCCCUCUGGCCAACCUGCA